AUGAAGACUCAGGUAUUCCUUCUGUCUGUGCUUGCAAUCUUCUGCAGUCGAGCUCUUGGAAAUGAGGUUUUCAACUACUUGAUUCCUUCCAAAAAUGGGGGCCUUGUCCAGGAAACGGUGCAAAUCGAAAAUGAACAAAACAUUGCCAUCAUCAACGUCAAUGAAGGAAAAUGCUCUUCCACCACCAUUUUUGACUACAAACAUGGUUAUGUUGCUUUCAGGCUACUUUCUCGGAGAGCCUGCUUUAUCUUGAAGAUGAACCAGGAAAGUAUUCCUGCACUGGACGAUUUCAAACGAUAUGCCUAUGAGAGACAGGAAAUGCAAAGCAUGUUUUCUUCCAAAUACACUUGGGUGAAGUACAACCCCAUACAGUACCUGUUCACUGAUAUUGAUUGGUUCCUGUUCGGUUCACCCAUAGAGAAGCUUUGCAAACAUGUUCCCCUGUACAAGGGUGAAAUGGUUGAAAAGAAAGUUGGUGCUAAGGGUUGUGCCAAGGUUGGACUCCUGGGCAUUCUUAAUGUUGGUAUCUGUGCAGACCUACACCUUUGA